AUGGAGGCGGCGCUGCAGGAAAUUGUGAUUGGCACCGAUGAUGGCGGCAAUGGCGGUGGUGCGGAGGCGGUGUGGGAGGAGAACCAGCCGGAGCCGCCCGCCCUCGCGGACGUGGAGGAAUGCGUCGCGUCGCUGCGUGCCCUUGUGGCGAACAACGGCACGCCGAUUGGGCCGGCGUGCAUCCAGCUCAUCGACACCAUCGUGGACCGUCUUGACCAGGUGUACUUCUGGGCCGUCGAGGAGGGCACAACGUUCCGCCACGAGCCAAGCGGGCUCGCGCAGUGCGAGGUGCCGCGCCUCGCUGUCGCGUGCGUCGCGACGAGGCGGCCGCGAAUUGUGACGGCGG